CAAGUAUAAGUAAGUUAUGUUGUUUCUUUACAGACAAGCUCCCAGAAUGGCUUCCACGGACUUGCAGUGGUUGAUCAUCAGGAAUAACUCAAGUUUUCUUUUGAAAGGAAAUAAACAAACAUACAGCAGGGAGCCAAACAACUUGAAGUCUGUGAACUCAUUCCGUUACAAUGGAUUGAUUCAUCCCAAAACAGUUGGUGUUGUCCCAGCCAAGGAUGGAAAGGGGGUUGUCCUCGUAACUAAGAAGGCCAGAGCUGGCAAACGCCCUGGGAAAAGCUUCAACAGAGUUGAGCUGAAAAGAGGAUCACGAAAAACCUUCAGCACCAUCAAGAAAACUCUCCGUAACAACCGUUACAGGAAGGAUCUGAAAAUGGCUGCUGUCAGGAGAGCCAGUGCCCUGCUGAGGAGCCAGAAACCAGUUGUUGUCAAGAAAAGUGGACUAAAGUCAAAGUAGAUGUGUCAUACAGCAACAAAUAAAAAAAAAAAUUAAAAAGAA